AUGCCCUCUCUUCUUCCGCUUCUUUCGUCGGGCUCGUCCCCGGCCCCUGCUGCGGGCCCUUCCCCGCCGGCCACGCCAAAGAAGGUCCCAAAGAAGCUCCGUAGGCGUAAUCCUCCCUCUCCCUCUCUGUCUACGAGUCACCAGAGGCUACCGUCGGCUGGGUCGUCUACCAUCUCAUUGCCCAAGUCCCGACCAUCAUCCAGCAGGUCCACCACCAGCAAACAUGGCUGGUUCGCCGGUCCCGCAACUCCCCAUCCAUCCGGGGAUGGACACAAGGGAGACUGGUCGCCCGAGGAAUUCCCUCCAAGGCCUCCUCUUCCAGCUCAGCCGGCGGGCAUGAUGACCCCUCCGGAGUCCGGUUCUCCAGAGUUGAGGAUGGCUAGGAACCUGCAUGAGCAGCAGCACGGUAGAUCGAUGUCAACUUCACUAGUAGCAACGGCCGAAACCCCGAGGCAAACCGAACGACGGGGGAGCCUGGUACCUGCCCCGAGUGAACCACCACCGCAACAAACGCAGCGGAGACCGCCGAACUUGCUAUUAAAGAAAAAUGGGAGGGAAGUUUUCAAGGCCUUUUCCUAUGAUAUGUGUAGCAGUAUGCCGGUUUCUCCACCUCCAACUUCUCAACCUCCUGGCUCGGUUCAGCCCUCGUACUUGGGAACUGCUCAAUAUCCGAACAAUCUUCUCCAGCAGGCUCAGCCCGAUAUGCCUCCCACGUUACGUCUGGGUCCGCCAAUAAAGGCACAAAGUUUUCCUACGCCAUUGGAUACGAACGUACCGCCGAUUACUCCUGCCCAGCAGAGGCUUGUUGGAGGGAGAACCCCUAAUGGAUCUCCCAUCCUUCCCCCGCUUCCCUCAUUUCAAUCCGGUGGAUUCGGUUUCGAUAAUCCCAAUGAACCGUAUUCAAAACCGAAGCCAUCACCGACCUAUCCAGGCCGCAGCAAAUACAAGCCGGUUUCAUUCUCCGGUGCGCCGGAACCUUCUAAAAAUGCUCCUGUUCCACCACGUUGGUCGCAACAAGUCCUGCCCCCCCAAUCCCAGCAGGUUGAGGAACCGCAAGAGGUUCGGGAAUCGGAGGCUGAUGAAGUCGCCCCCGAACCGAUGUCGUUUCAUGCGAUCACUGCUGAAGAGCCUAUCGUACUACCCUCAUCAUCUGAAACAUCACCUCAAUCAUCCCCAGAGCUCAAGGGUGCAGAGUUCUCCGAGCCGCCCCCGAAACCGCGGGGGAGCACAAAGCCGAACGAGAGGAGCUCUUUCCUGGGCGGGUGGAAAUUGGCAUUGAUAAAUUCAAGAGGUGCGAGCGCCAGCCCCGAGGAUGAGAAGGCAGCUAGCCCCGAUGGUGAUGCGCCAGUUGGCGUUGGUGACGGCGGUGGGUGGAUCCAUAAGCGGAAGGGGAGCUUUUCGAGUACCCGGCCUCCAAGCGCCGAAAAGUCUAAGCAUAAGCAAUUCGGACAGGAAUACAAGGAAUUCCGGGCACAAAAAAAGGCAGGGAGCGCCGCGUCUUCCAAGAGAACUUCAAGGGAGAAUAGUGCUCCUACAAGUCCGGCAGAAGGAACAGGGGUCAGUGCGAUAUUGGGUGGCGCCGGCUCUUCGAAGCAUGGAUCUGGAGAGAAAAUGAGGUCUUCUGAGGCUCGCCAGAUGCGGCGGGAGGAUGAGAGUGGCGUGGAAGCGAAUGAGAUCGUCGGGCUUGAUGUUGCGGUUAAGCAGAUGAAUCUACUUGAGCAACAGCUUCGAUCCGGCCAGCCGUUGAGUCCACCUGAUUCUAGGGACGGUGAAACUCCCUCUGUGGAAUUGGACAAAGGAUACCUUGCUGGCUCUGAGCAGAGUAGAACAAGCCAGUCUUCGUCUGCAGCAAGCAGUUCCGUACCAUCCCCCAUCGAAAACCAAAAGGGUCAAAAUCCUGUGCUAGGGCCACCUCCAGCCCACAAAAAGAACGGCUCUAAGGGGAAAUCUCGUUCUCCCCUCCGUCACGAGAUUGAUUCCUCUUCCGCCCCCUCCUCCCCCUUGGCCCCCGCACCGCCAGCAUCCGCGCAGAAAGGCAAAGGCAAGGAAGUAGACGGCAAGCGCGUUCAAGAGUCCUCAAAGAGCUCCUCGAGACACUACUCGAACUCGCAAUACCCCCCGCCAUCAGACUACCUCGGACAACCAAAGAACUCCGGGGCCCCGGCUGGAAACGGCAGCCCUGCGGCGGGGCCGCCCGCACCAUCGAAACCGAUUGCCAAGUUAUUCGUUAUCUGUUGUAGAUGCAAAUACUGGCACGACCUUCCGAGCAUAAUGUAUAGGGCCAUGGUUGAGAAUGGUGGCGCUACCAGGUGUCCGUAUUGUCUUCAUAGUAUGGAGGCUGCGUGUUGCUCUGGGUACGUGAUCCCCGCUCCCCCUCCCCUUUUUAACAGUUUGUGGGCUAACAUAGAUCUUACUGAUAGAUAUACUUGUGUCGUGUACAUGCACCAAAAGCACCACGGUCUUGAUGUUUAGGAUGGGAGAGAUGCGGUUCGAAGUCAUUUCUGAACAAAAGGGGGAUUUUGCACAUAGGGAUAGAUAGCGUUCGCUUUGUAAUUUUACCAUUUCCUCUUUUUUUGCUACAUGGUUUACGAUGUUUAUUACACGGGGCGGAUUGGAUGGGAUUUACAGUGCGCAUACAUGACAUUGUUGGAAAAUAAUGGGAUUAAUGGGAUUAACGGGGUUAACGGGUUCAUGGGGUGUCACUCGGGAAGGUUAACUAGGCGGCGGUUCCGUGGAGGAUGGCUAAGGGAUGGUGGGAGAACAAACGCCUUUUCCGAUGCUU